AUGCUUGUGAAACUUGGGGUGGUUGUGGAUGCCAUGUACCAAGGUUACUAUGUUCUUGACACCUUCAAGUACAAGCCCUAUGAGGAGAUGCCCACUCAAGAACAGGUGAGCAAUUCAUAUGCCUUGUCUUGUCUGGCUCGUCUUAAUAAGCGCAUCUGUGCAGCCCCAAGUGCCAUGGGGAUAAAUUCAUCAGUCAAUCAUGAGCUUGAAGCUGUAUUGGGGAAUUUGAAAACUAUUGUUGCGAACAUAACAGAAUUUGUCAUACUUUUGGGUGGGUGCAAUAAGAUGCCUAAAAAACCCUACGAUACCUAUCUGUAUAUUGACAAUUGCAUGUUCAGUCGCCUUGUUGAGAAGCAGGAAAUUAUUAAUAUCCUGUUGGAAGAUAAUUCUCCUCAUGGUGCUCCAGUCGUGGUCCCAGUUAUUGGUGACUACAAUGUUGGCAAGAAAAGCUUGGUCGGACACCAUUUGUGGGCCCCACUCGUCAUACUAACAACGUCUUCUUCCUCCUCCCUGCGCCACGCUGGCCUCCCUGCUCCACCCGCGGCGCCACCCCUGCUCGCCUCCGCUGCCCCUGGGUCACGCCCGCGUCCGCCCCCUGAUCCACCCCGCCGCCGCCCCUGGCACGCCCACGCCACCCCUGCUCCACCUCGUCGCCUCCUGAUCCUCCCAGACGCGCCCGCCUCCGACCAUAUCCGCCCCAACCGCGCCCGCGCGUCCGCCCCGGCCGCGCCCGCCUCCGCCGGCGUCCGCCCCAUCCGUCCCGGCCGCGCCGGCCUCCGCCCGCAUCCGCCGGCGUCCGCCCCGUCCGUCCCGGCCGCGCCCCCGUCCGCCCCGGCCGCGCCCGCCUCCACCCCGGCCGCGCCCGUCUCCGCCCGUGGGAGCUCUGGCCGCGGGAGCUCCGGCCGCACCCGCCUUCGCCCGCCGGAUCUUCGGCCACGGCCCCAUCCGCGGGAGCUCUGGCAGUGGCCGCAUCUUGCCGCGCCCGCCCUGGCCGUGGGAGCUCCGACCGCGCCCGCAAAGAAACGGCGUUGA